UGAAAGUGAAAGUAGAAAUUUAGACGAAACUAUAUAUACUUUAUUCAUUUCUAAAAUUACAAAAAAUGGCAUUUUUUGAGGAGGGUGCAAUUUUUAAGCAGUUUUUACACUGCAAGUUUCGCGACAACAUCGUCCGCCUGCUUCACUUGGGGAGGAAGGAUGUCGACAUUUUACUCGGGGUGACGAAAUUUGGUCAGGUGGGGUUAUACGACGGGGCGAAUAAUAUGAGCCUCGUGACGACCUUUUGUCUCGACAUGGAGUACGAGGAUAGUGUUCGGAAACUGUACGGAAGGAGGGACGCCGUUCGACCGAAGUGCAAACGAAGCCAUGUCGUCGUGGAUGCCGUGUUAGCGGAAAAUAUUCAGUGCGUCAUCUUCGCCACGACGAAAGGAAUGUUGCAGUGCUACGACAACGGCGAGCUCGACGGGGAAGAUUUAGGCCUGCACAUAUUCCCCCGCAGUAAAUUCCUCCACUUGUCGAAAGGUCGUUCUCCAAUCUCUCCAAGAAAUUUGGGCCUUGUCGAAACCUUCCGAGUCCACGGGUUGUACAGCGUUCCGUCCUGUCUCUGCUAUCACCGAGGUGGACGUGAUGACGCCGAGGGGGCGAAACUGCUCGUCGGCCAUGUCGACGGGACCGUGACGAUAAUAGAGCUUGGCCUCGAAGGGAAUAAAUACCCCUUUGGCGACGGGAAGAGAAAACUUCGUGGGGUUAUCAACCACAUCGAUUUGUCCCGACAACGCCACAAGAUACGAAGUUAUCGUGGACAUUGCGAUCCCGGCGUGAACACCGUGGCUCACUCGGACCUCGGGAAUAAAAUAAUCACGGGCAGUGAGGACGGCGUGAUUCGUAUAUUUUCCGAAUUUUCUAUGAAAAUGCCACAAAUGGAGUUGAGCGGUCAUAAAGGCGCCGUAAUUGGGUUGGCUCUACUCUCAGUACCAUUUUCUUCCGGGGGUGAAAUCCUCCUCAGCUAUUCGGAAGAUGUGGAACUACGUGCCUGGGAUCCCGACACGUUUACAUGCCUGCAAAAUAUUUACGUCCGCUUUCCCUGUGCCGCACUGAGUUCUACGAUUAUCUGUAAAACGCCACAAUUCGCGAAAAAUCCGAUUUUGCUAUUGAGUACGAAAUCUUCCAGCGAAAAAGAGGAUACCUCCGUGAUCCUCUUGUACUGCAAUAGCUACGCGAAAUUUGCCAUCUAUCACGACAACCCGGCCUCCACGGCGGCCUGGCCCUUCAACAACUUGGACUUGGAGGAUAUCGAUUCUUAUGCAAAAAGCAAGCCACGUGUCACCGCAUCAUUAAAAAAGACGGGACGACGAAAUUAUUUGGGUGACGAACAAUCCGAUUCGUCGACCCUCCAAGAAAUCGCGACGGACACGAUGAGCGCGUUAAUGCGACACAAAUAUUCUGCACAUCAUGGGCGCCCCGGUGGUAAAAAGAGCUUGACCGCGGUGGCCACGAGGAGGCUGGCGUCACUGCAAAUUUCUUCGGAUCAUGUGAACAGGAAUGCGAAAAUUUUUGACAAGCUGACCUACCAUGAAUUACAGCCUGUUGUAAAGUGGACUCUGCAGGAACCAAAAUAUUACACGGAUUGUUUCAGAGACGAUUAA